CGAAAAUUUGUCAAACUCUACGAUCAUACUUUUCACCUUAAAACUCCCAGCACUCUAUUCUAUUCCGACUUUUCGUUUUCCGAUCAGGCGAAUGAAAUUGAUCGACAAAGUAGAAGCGGAGUUUUGAAUUUAUAGCAUACAUGCGCCGGUCGUUGGAAAAAUACACGAGGAGAAUUGGGUGUUUUUCGCAUGGCGAAAAUAAAGGACACGUUACACGUUGAGACAUUACGCUUUUCAAAAACGAUCAUUUCAACGGUACGGUAUAAAACUUGUCCGAGUUUAAUGGGCGAAUAACCCAAAAGAUAAAUGAAUGUUACGGCCCUGAAAAUCCCCGAGGGCUCUCCCGGCUGGUAUAAAACGGAUAUAUUCACUCUCAUGAGUGCAUUUUGCGGAAAGGAAUUAACGAUGAAAGUGAUCAAAGCGUUGGUUCUCGUGUUAAUCGGUAUUCAACGAGCAAACAGCUCCGGGCCAUUCGUCCAGGAAGCUUUGGCGAAAGUUUUCGGGCCUAGCUGGGGUCCGUAUGCAAACCUUCGCACGGUCCAGUUGUUGAAUCAAUUGUGCAACGAAUCGCAGCUAGACGACAACGUAAGAAAAGAUGCCUGCUACGGAUGUUUCUUCAGAGCUAGCAAUCAAGCAGCUUCUGGUUAUCCGAUGUUACUGGCCAUGGCUACCUGCGCCGACACUUAUCUCAACAACACGAAUUACGGACACUGUCAAACUUUUCUCAGGAAUGCAACCAACUCCAUAUCCACGCGCACGAGUCCCGGAAUUAUAUACUGUUCCUUCCUCGAAUGCAUCCGUCAAGUCAACAAAGAUAUGUUGAUCAGACGGUGCGUCGGUGAGGCGGUAAGCAUGUUCCCGUCGCCGUUCAACUGCACCCUGACCCAGCUGUCUCAGGUUUUCGUAAACGCGACCGCCUGCGUCCUGGCGAAGACGAGAUGCAGCUACACGAAUCCGGUAACCGGUGCCGUUUCGGAGGGCCCCUUAGCCAACAAACUGAACAUCGUCUCCGUCAACGCUCUUCAGGUCAACUCCGACUACGAUUUGAACAUCAUUCGAGUGCCUUUCAUGCACUCGGUCAAGGGCGACGAGUGUGGGAAAUUUCGUAACAUAGAUCAAGCGUCGUGGCCCUCGGCCGAAUGUUCGUGAUUAUCGUCCCUCUGGUUACAGUCGUGCGUAACGGGAUAACAUUUUUUUCUACUUUCAAUAAAUACUGUCGUCGAUAGGCAAAAAAAAAAAAAAAAAAAAAAAACAAAUCGUAGCCAAUUGUUGAA